AUGUUCACCUGGUGCCGAAAAAGAAAAGCUGAUGUAAUAUUCCUGCAAGAAACGCAUUCAAAAGAGGAUUCAGAAAAACAAUGGGCAAAUGAAUGGGGUGGUAAAGCAUUUUUCUCACAUGGUAGUCCAAAUUCAUGUGGGGUUGCGAUAUUGAUUAGGAAUAAUUCUAAUUGUGUAAUCCAAAAAUCCAUUGUUGAUCCCCAGGGAAGAUUUAUUAUUUUGAAGGCAGGCAUUCAGGAUAAAGUGUACAUUUUAGUUAAUAUUUAUGCGUCAAACAAAGAUAAAGUCAGCGGCAAAUUUUAUAAAAACCUACAUAGAGUGCUACAGACAGAAGACUUAGAUUGUGAAGAAAAUAUAAUCAUUGGAGGGGAUUUUAACUGUCCUCUUCACCCUAAGCUGGAUAAGAAAGGUGGCGUUAUGGUUCCUAGAAAAAUGGUUAUUGAUGAUAUUGAAUGUUUACAAAAUGAAUUGGACCUUGUCGACGUCUGGAGAAUUAAAAAUCCACAAUCUAGAAGUUACACUUGGAGCCAAAAAUCUCCACCAGUUUUCUGUCGUUUAGAUUACUGGCUGAUAUCGAACAACUUACAGGAUUUUGUAAAUACAACCGAUAUCAUUCCAGCUGUAAAAACUGAUCAUGCAGCAAUUGAGUUGAAUCUAACCGACUCCAAUCAAAACUCAAAGGGGCCCGGCUUCUGGAAAAUGAACGUCUCUCUUCUCGAAGAUCCGAAUUAUCUGGAAGAACUAAAACAAAAUAUUCCACUUUGGAAAACAACAGGAAGUGAUAAUUUAUCAGACAAAAGGUGCAUCUGGGAUUGGCUUAAGUAUAAUAUUCGGAACCAUGCUAUUUUGUUCUCGAAAAAGAAAGCCAAAGAACGAUCUGCUAUGGAAAAAACUUACAACAAGUAUACGAGGAAGCAACCAAAAAAUUCGAACAGGACCCUUCCGACUCUAACCUAA